AUGUCGAAUAACGGCUUUGAGGUCUUGGCUUCUGCGUCCCAUUACUGGCCGCUGGAACACGUGGAUGGGAUCCACGAGCUUCAGGACACAACUGGAGCCUCCCGAGCCCACAACCUCACUGUGCUCCCUCCCCAUAACUCCACCUUUGUGUAUACCAAUGAGUCUGCCUACUCUAACUUCUCAGCAACUGUAGAUAUUGUAGAAGGGAAGGUAAACAAAGGCAUUUACCUCAAAGAGGAAAAGGGAGUCACGCUCCUCUACUACGGAAGCUACAAGAACUCGUGCAUCAGCGAUCCCACCCAGUGCGGCCCUGAAGGGGUCACGUUCUCUUUCUUCUGGAAGACACAAGGAGAGCAGUCCAGGCCCACCUCCUCUGCCUACGGGGGGCAGGUGAUCUCCAACGGGUUCAAAGUCUGCUCCAGCGGCGACACAGGCUUCGUGGAGCUGUAUACACGGGAGAACUCUGUGACGUGGGCGGCCACCUUCAGUCCCCCAGGCCCCUACUGGACACAUGUGCUGUUCACAUGGAAAUCCAAGGAGGGCCUGAAGGUCUAUGUCAACGGGACCCUGAACACCUCCGACCCCAGCGGGAAGGUGUCCCAUGCCUACGGGGACCCCAAUGCCAACCUGGUGAUCGGGGCUGAGCAGGACCAGACCAGGCGCUACCAGAACGGCGCCUUCGACGAGUUCAUCAUCUGGGAGCGGGCACUGACCCCCGACGAGGUCGCCAUGUACUUCACAGCUGCUAUAGGAAAGCACGUGGCAUUAUCUCCCACACCACCAAGCUUCUUCAUGACACCCACAGUGAGCACCGUGAUGCCCACAGAUGCCUACCAUCCCAUCAUAACCAACCUGACAGAGGAGAGGAGAAACUUCCAGAGCCCUGGGGUCGUGCUGAGUUACCUUCAGAAUGUGUCCCUCAACUUACCAAAUGAAUCCGUCUCGCAGGAAACGGCCUGGAAUCUCACGGAGACCUUCUUGAAAACUGUGGGAGACGUUCUUCUACUGCCCAGUUGGACUGACGUGUCAGAGGACCAGGCCGUGGUGCUGGGCCUGAUUGACACCAUCGACACAGUGAUGGGCCACAUAUCUGCCAACCUGCAUGCCCGCGAGCGCCAGGUCACCAUCGCUGGCUCUUCCUCCAUGGCAGAGUACUCAGUGGCCAAGGUCCUCCCCGGGACCAUGAACACCUCCCACUACCGCUUCCCGGCCCAGGGGCAUAGCUACCUCCAGAUCCCUCACGAGGCCUUCCACAGUCAAGCCUGGACCACCCUCGUGGGGCUCCUCUACCACACGGUGCACUUCUACCUGAACAACAUCCACCCAGCUGACACCAAGAUUGCCGAGGCGGCGAAGCACAAAGACUGCCUAAUGUCGGCCACCAGCCCCCUGAUCUCCCUGGAAGUGUCCCCACCGCCGGCUCUCUCCCAGACCUUGUUGGGGUCUCCGCUGGUCACUGUCCACCUCCCGCACACACUGAUGCAGAAGCAGUAUGCCAAGGCCACCAAUGAGAGCAACCGAGUCUUCCGGUACUGUGCCUUCUUGGACUUCAGCUCUGGAAAAGGGGUCUGGUCGAACGAGGGCUGUGCCCUCACGGAGGGGAACCUCAGUUACUCCGUCUGCCGCUGCACUCACCUCACCAACUUCGCCAUCCUGAUGCAGGUGGUCCCGCUGGAGCUGACACAUGGACACCAGGUGGCGCUGUCGUCCAUCAGUUACAUCGGCUGCUCCCUGUCCGUGAUCUGCCUGACCGCAACGCUGGUCACUUUUGCCGUCCUCUCCUCUGUCAGCACCAUCAGGAACCAGCGCUACCAUAUCCACGCCAACCUGUCCUUUGCUGUGCUGGUGGCCCAGGUGCUGCUGCUCGUCAGCUUUCAGUUCGAGCCAGGCACGACCCCGUGCCGAGUCCUGGCCGUGCUCCUGCACUACUUCUUCCUGAGUGCCUUUGCGUGGAUGCUGGUGGAGGGGCUGCAUCUCUACAGCAUGGUGAUCAAGGUCUUCAGCUCAGAGGACAGCAAGCACCUCUACUACUAUGGCAUAGGAUGGGGUUUUCCUCUUCUCAUCUGUAUCAUUUCAGUGUCGUCUGCCAUGUACAGUUAUGGAGCAGGUAACAACUGCUGGCUGUCCCUGGGGAGUGGUGCCAUCUGGGCUUUCGUGGCUCCCGCCCUGCUGGUGAUCAUGGUCAACAUCGGCAUCCUCACCGCUGUGACCCGGGUCAUCUCUCAGAUCAGCACCGACAGCUACAAGAUACAUGGAGACCCCAACGCCUUCAAGCUGACCACGAAGGCUGUGGCCGUGCUGCUGCCCAUCCUGGGCACCUCGUGGGUCUUCGGUGUGCUUGCAGUCAACAACCAGGCUGUGGUCUUCCAGUACAUGUUUGCCGUGCUCAACUCCUUACAGGGCCUCUUCAUCUUCCUGUUCCACUGCCUCCUGAACUCAGAGGUGAGAGCCGCCUUCAAGCACAAAACCAAGAUCUGGUCCCUCACCAGCAGCUCCGCCCGCAGCACCCACGCGAAGCCCUUCAGCUCUGACAUCAUGAGUGGGGCCCGUCCAGCCACGGCCUCCUCGAAGUUCAGCCCCUGGGACAAGAGCAGCCUCUCUGCCCACCGCGUGGACCUGUCCGCUGUGUGA